CAGAAACACUUCCCUUCUCAUACAAGAGGCUGUGGAAUGCGCAGGCUGAAACCAAUCCAGAUGUGCUUAUUUGGCAGUCUGAGUUAAGAAGCACACACACAGCUCAAGAGACAGAAACCUAGAGGCUCAACUACUUCAGAUUUGUUGGGAUUGUACUGCAGUGAGCAGUGACUUUACUUUUCUACAAGAUCAUCUCUCUCUCUGGUGUUCUGUCUGACAGAUAAACUGGCCAGAAUUCGGCAACUUUCCUUGGCUGCACAGUACUGCUUCUGCUGUUCCAAGAGGGGGAAGGAUUUCAUGUUUGUUGCCACAUCAUUUCCAGCACUGAUUCUAGUUUCAGAGUCUUACAGCUCCCCGUGGCUUGGUCUUGUCUCUUCUAAGGUGGGAAAUCCAUGAAAUUAGAGACCGAAGGAUUUGUGGAAUAAGUAGAACUAUGAGGAUGGGAUCGCACUUGUUGCUCCGUGAAUCAGGGAGUCUUUAAUCCUUGGCAAUUUCUGGAAACAAUGAGAGUUCGAAUAAAGGGAGAUGUCCUCUGCACCCUUCUCCUAGUGAUUGUGCUCUGCACUUUACUCUACAGUCUCAUGAGAUCAACCAAUAAUCAAGACACUGCCUACUAUAAGAAAAGCAAAGAAUCAAAGAGCUUGGUAAAGACUGGGAACGUAAAAAGUUACUUGGAAAAACCUAAAAGCAUGGGUAAGACCAAACUCCUCUCUGAUGAUUAUAAGUCCAGCAAUGAGGAGCCUAAGGCUCCAACAACUCAGCCUCCCUUUGACUUUCAACUGUACCUCAGGAGUAAAGAUUAUCGAAACUUCAGCCUCAUGAUUAACCAACCCAACAAAUGCAAGAGAUCCACAACUGAUCCCUUCCUUCUUAUUGCUGUAAAAUCCAUAGUAGAAGAAUUUGACCGGCGUGAAAGUGUAAGAAAAACCUGGGGUCGGGAAGGUAUGAUCAGCGGGGUGAGGGUUCAGAGAGUGUUUCUUUUAGGUACUCCAAAGAAUAAGACUGCGGUAUCCAUGUGGGAGUCACUUAUGCACCAGGAGAGUCACUACUACAAGGACAUUUUGUUAUGGGAUUUCAUUGAUACUUUCUUCAACCUCACUUUAAAAGAGAUCCAUUUUCUUAGGUGGGCAGAGGAGUUUUGUGCAAAUGCUCAAUUCAUCUUUAAAGGGGAUGCUGAUGUUUUUGUCAACGUAGAAAACUUGAUCAACUAUUUGCAAAACCAGAAUGCCUCAGAAGACUUAUUCGUAGGAGACAUUAUAAAUCAAGCAAGACCGAUACGUUCAAAAAAAAGCAAAUACUACAUUCCGGAAACAAUGUACGGUCUUGGGUUGUACCCACCAUAUGCAGGAGGAGGAGGGUUUUUGAUGUCAGGGAUCACAAUGAAAAAGUUGUCCCAGGCCUGCCAAGAAGUGGAGCUCUUCCCUAUUGAUGAUGUAUUUUUGGGCAUGUGUUUGCAAAGGAUUAACCUUAAACCAGUCAUGCAUGUAGGUUUUAAAACAUUUGGAAUCACCAAGCCCUCAGCUGCUCCUCAUAUGGAGACAUUUAAUCCUUGUUUCUACCGGGACCUUAUGGUUGUGCACAGUCUAAAGCCAGCAGAGAUUUGGUUGAUGUGGAAUCUCCUCCAUGGUCAGCAGUUGCCCUGCUCCCAGAAACAGAGGAUUAAAAAACCAUUCCAUUGGAAGAAAGCAAAACAGAGGGUUAAAGCUGUCACCAAUUGACUUAAGGUUCCAACACCCAUGGAGUCAUGCACUAGCCAAACAUUUGGCCAAAGAUUACACGGCACAGUAACUGUAACAAUAAAAAAGAGCCUCCAGUCUCACCACAGAUAAACUUCUCAGUCUAAAACUUUUUCCAAAAACAUAUAUACACCAGCUUUCAAAAAUAUCCGUUUAAUGUUGUCAUACCUUGCAGAAAUAAAAGCAUUUUUUGCUGUAACAUUA